GUGUUUGUAGAUCUCUGCUUUCUCGCCACUCACAUGACCGCUCUGCUCUCCAGAAAACAUUCGAGCUUGUUGUUCAACCGGCAGAAACGCGAAGACGAGACGACGAAUCGAGGACUCUCGAGUAGGUAGCCGAACAUGCGUCAGUGAAAGGCCGUUGAAGACCAGCAGCGCCAGCUCUCGGCUCAAUCCGCCGCCAUGUCGCUCAACAACGGCUACUCCAUCAACACUGCGCCGUCCGACCGCAAGGAGGAUGAGGAACCGCUGGUGGAGCCGGACCCAGUCCCGCCCCAGUGCUGCUCGGCUCGACUCAACCUGGCCGUCCUCAUGUUCCUGGGCUUCGCCGUGGUCUACUGCCUGAGGGUGAACCUCAGCGUGGCCAUGGUGGCCAUGGUCAACUCCACUGAGCCGAUACCUGGGCCCAACACUUCUGUGUUGCACGCCUGUCCGCUGCCAUCUGGCUUGGUCAACGCCAGCGACCCGUACCAGCAGCCUGGGGUUCCUCAGUACCGCUGGGACUCAAAGACUCAGGGCUGGCUCCUGGGCGCCUUCUUCUUCGGUUACUUGUGCACUCAGAUCCCAGGAGGUUACCUGGCUGGACGCUUUGGAGGAAGCCUCUUCCUGGGACUGGGAGUCCUGGGCACAGCUGCCCUCACCCUGCUCACCCCCCUGGCUGCUCAGAUGGGGUCCAGUUGGUUGUUUGCAUUGAGGGCUCUGGAAGGAUUGGGGGAGGCAGUGACGUAUCCGGCCAUGAUGGCCAUGUGGGCCCGCUGGGCCCCCCCUCUGGAGCGCUCCCGUCUCACCACCCUGUCCGGCUCCGGAGGAAACUUCGGCGCCUUCGUGGCUCUGCCGCUGACCGGCUACAUCUGCCAGACAUUGAGCUGGCCUGCAGUCUUCUACCUCUGUGGGGGCGUUGGUUGCCUUUGGGCUUUUUUGUGGUUCCUUUGCGUGUCAGAUGACCCUCGCACCCACCGGCGAAUCAGCCCAGAGGAAAGAGAUUACAUCAUCAAGUCCAUUGGACCUCAGGGUAGCAGGCACGGCUGGAAGGUUCCGCUGCUCUCCAUGGCCACCUCGCUCCCCCUGUGGGCCAUCAUCGUGACCCAGAUGUGCAGCAACUGGUCCUACUACACCCUGCUGACCACGCUGCCCUCCUACAUGAACACCAUCCUGCACUUCGACCUGAAAUCUAACGGCUUCCUGUCAGCGCUGCCGUACCUCGGCGCCUGGCUCUUCUCCAUGCUGUCCGGCGUCUUGGCUGAUAGGCUGAUUGAGAUGAAGGUGUUCAGCGUCACCACUGUGCGCAAGAUGUUUACUGUCGCAGGUUUGCUGCCCCCUGCUGGCCUCCUGGUGGCGGCCGGCUAUGCCGGCUGCAGCCACAUCCUGACCGUGUUCUUCCUCACCCUCUCCUCCACGGUGGGAGGACUGUCUGCUGCUGGAGUCUUCAUCAACCAGAUCGACAUCGCCCCUAGAUACGCCGGGUUCCUCCUCGGGAUCACCAACACAUUCGGAACCAUCCCUGGGGUUUUGGCUCCCAUUGUAGCUGGAUACUUAACUCAGGACCAAACUUUAACAGGCUGGAGAAACGUCUUCUGGGUCGCCGCUGGCAUCAGCGGCUGUGGCGCCGUUGUCUACACUGUCUUCGGCAGCGGGCAGAUCCAGCCCUGGGCCAUCGAGGAGGACGAGAGCGAAGCGGGAGACAAGAGGAGGAGGAGCCGCUCUGUGGCGGGACAUCUGUGACAUCCUCCUUCAGUGACUUGAAAACUCUCCGCUGCUGGUGUCAGCGGGAAUCAUUUUGCACAGGAAGGUUUUAGGAAUUGUGUCUGUGAAGAUGAGGGGAGACUGGUACCUCGGACCAAGCACCGGUCACGGAUAGUAUUCCUCGGGUUAUAGCUAAUACAUUAUAGAUACAUUCUGGGUGCAGAGACCAGCAGAAGCCUUGGAUUUUGAGGAGCAAAGACUUUCCAGGGUCGCUGUUUGGGGCUUUAAUCAGCCCAAAAAAAUCACCAGAAAUGCCUUCAGCACACAUGAAUGACAGAUGUUAGUCAACGCCAUAUGCAAAUAUGAUGCUGUUUUGCAGCAAAAGCAAACCUGUUUUUAUAUCACCAGUCAAAUAUUUAAGUGCCAAGGACAGAGAUGUCAUUUUAUGUAUGUAUAUAUGAUGUUGCUGUUUUUGUGACUCUGCAUCUUCGUCUUCCAGGAGUGUUGAAUAGUUCUGUGUCUUAUUACUUAUUAUUACUUCUUAUGUGUUGACAUGUACGUGUUUAUAUGUCACUGUGAUCAUCAGGGAAAUUCAGCACUUGAUCUGAACUGGAACCAAAUGUAAUCUCGGAUGUUUACAGAGAAGCUUUUUCUGAAUAAAAGCUUUCACUCUGAUGGGAAAGUGA